CCCGAGGGCGGGGGAGGAGGGAAGACCGGAAGCUGUAGUCCCCCAGUCACCCCCCCCACCAAAGUCCCGUCGCGUCCCCUGGGGCUAGGAGAGGAGGAGGAGGAGGAGGAGGAGAAGAAGAAGGAGGAGGCCGCUCGGGUCGGUUGGCGCCGGUAACCAGGGGGAGCGGUCUCUCAGGAGGCAGACUCCUCCCGGGGCGUCCCCCUCCCUCUCUCCGCCCCCACCCCUCUCCAUCCUCCGGCCGCUCGCUUGCUCGCUCCCUUUGCCGCCCUCUCGUGCGAAUCCCUUUGGGCUGCGCGCUCCGACGGCAGCGGCGGCGGCGAGAGGCCGGAGCGGAGAAGCCCGGGGGCGGCGGCGGCCUGCCCAGCCCGGCCCAGCCGGUCCCCUAGUCCCUCGGCCGCGCCGCCGCCAUGUCCUCCUCGUCCUCAUCUCCAGGAGAGCCGUACGAGGAGCGAGAGUACGAGAGCCAGGCCAAGCGCCUCAAGACGGAGGAGGGCGAGAUCGACUACUCGGCUGAGGAAGGCGAGAGCCGCCGGGAGCCCGGGCCCCGGGGCGGGGGCGAGGGAAGCGGCCGGAGCUACUCUCAGCCGGAGGCAGGUGGAAGUCAUCAUAAAGUUUCUGUUUCUCCUGUUGUUCAUGUUCGAGGGCUGUGUGAAUCAGUUGUGGAAGCAGACCUUGUGGAGGCUCUUGAAAAAUUUGGAACAAUAUGCUAUGUGAUGAUGAUGCCAUUUAAACGCCAGGCUCUAGUGGAAUUUGAAAACAUAGAUAGUGCCAAAGAGUGUGUCACCUUUGCUGCUGAUGAACCAGUUUAUAUAGCUGGCCAACAAGCCUUUUUCAACUACUCUACAAGUAAAAGGAUCACUCGGCCAGGAAAUACUGAUGAUCCUUCAGGGGGCAACAAAGUUCUUCUUUUAUCCAUUCAGAAUCCCCUCUACCCAAUCACAGUGGAUGUUUUAUAUACAGUAUGCAAUCCUGUUGGAAAAGUGCAACGGAUUGUCAUAUUCAAGAGAAAUGGAAUACAAGCAAUGGUUGAGUUUGAAUCAGUUCUUUGUGCCCAGAAAGCUAAAGCAGCGCUCAAUGGAGCAGAUAUAUAUGCUGGAUGCUGUACACUAAAAAUUGAAUAUGCAAGGCCAACACGCCUAAAUGUUAUUAGGAAUGACAAUGACAGUUGGGACUACACUAAGCCAUACUUGGGAAGGCGAGAUAGAGGAAAGGGUCGUCAGAGACAAGCCAUUUUGGGAGAACAUCCUUCGUCCUUUAGACAUGAUGGAUAUGGUUCGCAUGGUCCAUUAUUGCCUUUACCAAGCCGUUAUCGAAUGGGCUCCCGAGAUACGCCUGAACUUGUUGCAUAUCCCCUUCCACAGGCUUCUUCCUCCUAUAUGCAUGGGGGAAAUCCUUCUGGUUCAGUUGUUAUGGUUAGUGGGUUACAUCAACUGAAGAUGAAUUGUUCAAGGGUCUUCAAUCUAUUCUGCUUGUAUGGAAAUAUUGAAAAGGUAAAAUUUAUGAAAACCAUUCCUGGUACCGCAUUGGUAGAAAUGGGUGAUGAGUAUGCGGUAGAACGAGCUGUCACACAUCUUAAUAAUGUCAAGUUAUUUGGAAAAAGACUUAAUGUUUGUGUAUCCAAACAACAUUCAGUUGUUCCUAGUCAAAUAUUUGAACUGGAAGAUGGUACAAGCAGUUACAAGGAUUUUGCCAUGAGCAAAAAUAAUCGUUUUACAAGUGCUGGUCAGGCAUCCAAGAACAUAAUCCAGCCACCCUCUUGUGUGCUGCAUUAUUACAAUGUUCCAUUGUGUGUUACAGAAGACACCUUUUCAAAGCUAUGUAAUGAUCAUGAAGUUCUCACAUUUAUCAAAUACAAAGUCUUUGAUGCAAAACCUUCUGCCAAAACACUCUCUGGCCUAUUGGAAUGGGAAUGCAAGACGGAUGCAGUAGAAGCCCUCACUGCCCUUAAUCACUACCAAAUAAGAGUUCCAAAUGGUUCUAAUCCCUACACACUGAAGCUUUGCUUCUCUACUUCAUCCCAUUUAUAAAGAAGAGAAGAGGAUAGCAUGUUAGGAGCUACAUUCAUCUUUCUUUACAAUUUUCAAACUGCACUUCAUUUUCAAAAUCUAAAGUGGUUGAUUUAAUGUUGCCUUGCUCUCUUUUAAGACCUUGUAUCUUGUUUUAUAAUAAACAGAUUUCUUUUGGCCUCAAGUGAAUUUGUUGUAAGCUUAAAUACUGUUUUCAUUUUAAAAUAGUGUAACUACAUAAUAUGUAGAAUAUCUGCUUCUGCAUUGUAGAUUAUACAGUUAUAUUAUUUCUAAUAUUAUAAUUAUUUUUUCCACAGUUGGAAAUGUAUUUGCAUUCUUAAUGCCAAAGACUUGCAGAUAUCUUUCCAUUGAGAAUGAAAUAAAUUGGCAGGUGAAAGUCUUGCUUUUUAACAUGGUAGAAUCCAAUGUUAUCUGUCUUAGUUAUUUAGGUAUGUCACAGUUAUCCACAUGAAACAUAACUUGUAUUUAUAAAGUGUGCUCAUCAGGCUUCAGGAUAACAUGACACAUGGUGAAUUUUAAGUACUAUAGAUAUACUUGAUUUUAUAUUUCCAAGAGGAUAACAGAUAUAUGGAUACCCUUGUACAGUAUUCACUCAAACUUAUUUAAAUUGGUGUAUUUUUUUUAAGCCAUUGUCCAUUUGUAUUGACAUGCUACUAUCUGUUGCUAGUUCCAGUUUGGGGAUUUUAUAAUUAAAGUUUCAACAUUGA